AUGAAUGUGGAGAUGUCCAUGAAUGAAAAGUAUUUGGUUAUGGUGUUGAAUGCAAAUGAUGGAAAACGAAGCAGGAAAAUUUUCUGUAAUAAAGCUAAGAAUACUGAAGCAUGGGGUUAUUUGCUUAGCACUCUUUAUCCUGAGGGAAGAUGUUGCAGCAAAUUAGCGCAAAUCCACAAGAAGCAAAUGUACGACUUUCCUCUCAUAUCCAGAACGUGUCAGUACAAUCGAGUGAAAGACAUCCUGAUUCCUAAUAAUAUUCUCACUCAUACGAUAUGGAACAAACUAAGCCGUGUAAUCGAUCAAUGUUCAUACAAUCCGAGAAUUGUGACCGAGAAAUAUCGGGCAGAAAAUGGGCUUGAAAUUUUCCACAUACCAAAUAGAAAUCAGUUUCUCACUCAGUUCUCCUGCUCAAUUGUUAGUGUGAACAAUGUGAUGCAUAGCGAUGGUGAACGAAAGUUAGCGGCUGCCUCACCAUGCAGUUUCUAUGCCUCAGAUAAGUCCAUUCGAGAACGUGCAAGCUAUCAAACUCGAGUUGCAAAUCUGAAAGUAACAAUGGAACCAACGAAAAAGCGUCGAGAACUCGAUGAGGGAAAUGGUUCAUACAUUGUGAGACUCGGAGAUAUUUUAUCGAUUUUCGUCAAUGCGUUCUUACGUUUGGACAUUCAACUUGAAAUCGGACCGGAUUAUCAACAUAUUGAAUCUUUUUGCUUCCUUAUGAGUGUUAUUACUUUUAUUAUUCAUAUGAUUGGAAACCUUAUUCUUUGCUUUAACAGAUACUCAGCAGUUUGCUUAAUGGAAAAGUAUGAUCAGAUUUGGGCCCGUCGAAAUAUUUGGAUUCUAAUUGUUUCCGAGUAUUUGAUAUCAGUGGUUCCGCUGCUGCACAUAAUAGGAGCAGAAACGUUUUACAUCCAUAAUCCAGAUGGUUCAUACACGUCGAUCGGUUUUGAAGCCACCAUAGAAGUGGGUCUGCUUAUACAUACUUUUACUAUAUUCCUGCUCAGCUUACUUAUGUUUGCACGACAGUUCGGGAAACUCUACUCAAUUUUUGCCAAAGAUACGGAUUUAUUGCUAUUUUUCACAAUGCAGUAUUAUUGGAUAAAUGACAUUAUGGUCAGUAUUCCACCAUUUUCAUUGUUCGCGUUCUGCUCUGAUCUUCGUCGCGAAUCGAUGAAGAAAAUUCGCUGCCGUCGAUAUCACAGCAACGUUGUGUCACGGAUGUUAUCCUCCAAUGCUCGAGAAAAAGUAUGGGCCAUCGCAAGGACAGUGUCAUAA